CUCUGCUGGCUUUGGUUCCAUCUCUUUCAAUUCAAUGCGUCUAACCAAUCUUACUCUUCUCAUGAAGAUGUCUUGAACAAACCAUGGCGUCCUGUGGCGUCCGGGCGCAUUAGCGUGAAAGACUCCCGUGCAUUGCGCUGGGGACUCAUGGUUUUCUGCUUGGGGCAUUUCAUCCCUUUUCAACUUAAACGUCUGGUGUUUUACUCCGUGUUCGUGGCCAUGCAUGAUGAUUUUCAUCUCAGUCGCCAUCCCAUUUUCAAGAAUUUGUGCACCGCAGGAGGUUAUGUGGCAAAUGAACUUGGUUGUUUGUUGAUUCUAUCAAGGGAAUCUUCACUCGACGGAACGAGCGUAAAUGCACUUUGCUGCAGUGCACUUGUCAUACUUCUGACAAUCCAUGCGCAAGAUUUCGCCGAUGUUAAUGGUGAUCGCAAGUCAGGACGACGAACUCUGCCGAUUGUAGUACCCGAAGGAUCUCGUAUCUAUAUGCUUUGUGCACUUCCACUAUUUUCUUUUGCGCUUGCCUUAUUUUGGAGUCUGGGGCCUCUCUCCAGUGUUCUUUUUGUUUCUAUUGGUUCUUGGGUCGGAAUUCGCUACUUUCUCUUCCGCGACGAGAUUUGUGACGAGUCAACCUACCGCCUGUAUAACGUUCGUAUUUUCUAUUCAUAUUUCUUUGUCUGUUAUCUAGCAUUUAUCAUUCCCUACAGAUAUGGCUCAUAG